GUCCUUGGUCGCGAAUGUUCGUGCUGGUCGCUCUUUUGCGUGAGGCCCUUGUCCACCUUCCACCUUUCGCCGAAGGUGAUAAGGUCAAGCAGAUAUGAGGCUGCUCUCCGUGGUCGCGGUGCGGACCGGACUUGCAUCCGCGCACCGCACGCACGUCUUUCACUCGGGCGCAUCGCCGCUUUUGACCGCCGGGCGAUGCACCCCGCUGCGGUUGGGUUCAUUUGGCCGGCGGGCCAUUCGUGAUGCUGCGUUGAGGGCUGCUGCUGUCUGCGACAGAAGUGCACUUGAGAAGAAGCUUUUGUUGCAGUUUCAAAUCAGCGAACCGGGCUUUGCUAGGUUCUUACACUCGCAAAGUGCCGUGCGGGAGCAGCCCUCAUUUUGCUCGGACGGAUACAUUUGAUUCUACGAUAGGAACUCGUCGCUUGCGUCAGAUGGGACUUGAAGAACGCAAGCGCGUCGCUCACGACUAGCGCGCCUGUGUGCAUCGAUCUUAGGAUUGUGAGAUGGCCCUGCCUACCA